AUGCCACCAAAGCCCCGACCUCCGGUGCCAACGCACUUCCUCUGCAUCCCCUUGGUCUCAACCCACUCUCGGCCCCAACUCGCCACGUCGCUGGCCAGCUUCCGUGCAGAUGCUUGCCGCCCUCCUGCAAGCAAUGACACCACCGACUUUGGUGGCUUCGGCCAGCCGCUCCUCCCGUUGAUCCCCGAGGACGCGGUGCGUCCCGUCGGCACGCUGCAUCUUACCCUGGGGGUGUUUAGCUUUGCCGGGGCGAGAGAGCGCGGGCAGCGUAAUGGGGAGGGGAGUACCGAGGGGCAGGGGCAGGGGCAGGGGCAGAGGAUUGGCGAAGGGCGGCAGGAUGGGCCUGGGAGCAGUAGAGCUGCGGUGCUUUACGCUCCGCCGGUCGACCCGCUCGGCCUGCUGCAGGCGUUUUGCGAGCGUGUAAGGGAUGCGUUUAUGCAGGCUGAGCUCAUGGUUGAUGAUGGCCGGCCGUUGCUGCUUCAUGCUACAGUGGUGAAUACCGUUUAUUCCAAACAAAAAGGUCUGAUAAAUGCGACUGAGGGGCAGGUGGGCACGGGCGGGAGGAGAAAGGGAGGAAGGGGAGGUGGUCGUGGGGGUCGUGGUGGGAGAGAUUGGGGGAAGAGGGAGCGGCUGGUGUUCGACGGCUCGGGUCUGAUUGACCGGUAUGAGGACCAUGUCUGGAUGGAGGAUGUGCCGCUAGAGAAGGUGGCUAUCUGUAAGAUGGGCGCCAAAAAGAAUAGAAUAGAAUACGACCGCCGAGGCAAACAGUUCCCGGUCCCACAGAACGUCAUCCGCAUGUCUCCUCGCAAGACCAUGAGUCCUCCAGAGAAGCGCCGUCCGCCGCCUCCCGGACGCGGGACCGCAAGAGUCCCCAGCACUCGCAGCAGUACGGCCACGGGCAGCACCAGCACCAGCACCAGCAGCACCUUGAUUGCCCCGCCGCCCCGAGCCGCCCUGAGCCGCGCGUCCUCCCCAGCACCGCCGGACAACAGCACCGCUCGUAACAACGACCCAGGCGACAACAACGUGCCACCAGCGGCAGCAGCAGCCGUCCUCCUCCGGGAAAAAGACGCACGGAUUGCCUCGCUCGAGCGGGAACUGGCCAAGCUCAGCACCGGCACCACCGCCACCGCCACCGGUGAGAACGAGACGGCCGCCGGCUUCUGGCAGGCCAAGUACGUCACGUUGGAGCGGCGGCACCAGCAGCUUCAGGCCCAGCUCCAGCUUGCGCGGCGCGCUGUGACGGGGAACGUAGAUGGUGGGUUUUUGAGAGAUGAUCGUGCUGAUGAUGAUGAUGAUGAUGAUGAUGAUGGAGAAGAGGAGGAGGUGGAGGAGUAUGCUGAUGACGCUGAUGCAAACUGGAAGUUGGCGAGGGAGAACCAGGAGCUGCUCAUGGCGUGGGCAGGCGCUACGAAAGCGCUAGCCGAGCGAGAGCGCGAGAUUGAGAGUCUGAGAGCCCAGGUCAGCGGGCUCAAGGCGUGGGUCAGUAACAGUACCCGUUCGGAUGGCCAGGUGCAGAUGAGUGACGAGGUGUUUGGGGAGGGCAUGGCGCGGUUGGGGAAUGGGCUGCAGAAUUGGGUCCUGGUAAACUUUAGGAGGGCAAAGAUUGCAGACCUGUCGAGCGCCGAUGAAGCGACAAUAUCGGAAUUAGGCCGUCUAGUGCCCAUGUACGAAGAUCUAGCUGCGACGGCGAAAAUCCAUUUGCUUCAAUCGAUUGUGUCAAGGGUGCUUGUGGAGCUGGUGUUUGACACCUACUUUGUUGGUCUCCCCUCUGAUAUGGCUCGACAACUUACUCAGGUGGAGACGUUUCUGGCCUCGUUUGCAUCUCCCGAGUUUGUCAACCAGUGGCGGUCUCUUACCCUGACCAUAAUCAAGAAAGAUGCCGGCGAGACGGAGGCGGGAGCAUGUGCUGUCGCAGACGAGGUAGUCUCCAACGUGAACGCGAUUCUGGAUCGAAUUACGAACACCACAUCGACCAAAGCCCGAGACCAGGGCCUGCAGGCGCUCGUCCGCAACGCCAUUGAACUAUCGCGGCUGCUUGCCGUUCAGAGGGCGGUCUUCAGGGUCGAGAUGCCCCAGAUCCUUCCACACCAGCGUAUCAUGUUUAACGCUGAGACGAUGGAAGACAUCGGCGGCGAAGACGAGGAGAGCCUGGCAGACAGGGACAUAUGCUGCGUCACGUUUCCAGGGAUCGUCAAAAGAGGCGAUGAGAGCGGAGCCCAGUUGCAGUACCGGAAUGUGAUCUCCAAGGCGAGGGUGUUGUGCGGACCGGAGAGGGCGCCCUCGGCGGUGGACACUGUCUCGUGGCGUCUUGCAGACUUGGAUAUCCCUUCUUUCCGCUGA